AACAAAAAUGUGUGGCAUGCUUCUCAAGGUACGGUUUUGUAACAUUUUUCUCCCCAUACUCGUGUGAUACAAUUAUGGAUUUUGGUUUACAAUGAAUUGUUGAAAACGUAAACUAGUCGAACAGAUUCACAAAAGUUGUGCACACUUCAAAGAAUAGUUUCCUUCUGCAAGAUGGCCGAGUUAAAAGAACUGCAGAUUGAGGAAAGGGAAGCACUCAUUUCUAUAUACGAAGGAGACAACUGUUUCAAGCAGAUAAAUGCCGAAACUUAUCAGUAUAAGUACGGUGAGGAAGAAGGCACUAAGUCGUUUCUGUUGGAAAUCUGUUGGCAUGAAACGUAUCCCAAUGAUCUGCCUAGCAUCAAUAUGGAUACUUUCUACAAUAGAAACAUAUCGCGCACGGCCAAGGAUAAAGUAAUUGAUAUUCUUACGACGGAAGGAAACCAGUGGCUCGGCUGUGGAAUGACGUACACACUAUUCGAGUGCCUUAAGGAUAAACUCGAUGAGCUGCUGGUAGAUGAGAACUUCAACAGUGGCACCGAACAGCAGAUUAUUGAAACAAACCAGCAAGGAGAAGACCACUCGGAUGGCGAUGGUGAUGCUGACCGGAAGUCAUCUAAUAUUGGUGUUGGUGGAGGUGGAGGAGGAGGAGGAGGAGGUCAGAAAAAAGAACAAUUGACCAAGGCGCAAAAACGAAAGCAAUGGGAUCGAGUGGAUAACAAGGGAAAUAGACCCAGAGGCUGGGAUUGGGUGGAUAUUGUGAAACAUUUGUCACAGACCGGCGGAAAAGAAUAGGUGAAGCAAAAAAUAAUUCGAAAAUGUUCUGUUCCACGGAAAAGGAAGAACGAAUAAAUAGAAAAUUUACUUUUUUCGUUUCGGUUUCAUUAAUCAAAGUACUAUAUUAUAAGCGACUCAGGAAAUAUCUAUUAUAAAACAAAUGCUAGGUACAAAACCAAGCAUCAAAUACAUAAAACAGUAUCACGCAUACUAUCAUAAAAGCAUUUUAUUCUAAUAGAUAUGGACUAAUCAUCUAAAAAUUGAUGUAAUUCGUGUGAUUGUGCA